UCGGGCGGUAUCGAUCUCCUUGAUGGUCGCCAAAUAGCCCAUGACCUCUGAUACAGAGAACUAGCCAACCCGAUCAUAAACAAUUAGCCAUGGUUGGAGCGAUCUCUGGUAGUACCCACCUUUGGCUUAGCCUCACAGGCUCUAAUGCACCGCCUCAAGCUCACCAGUCUUUGGUGCACAUGAGCUAAUUCUGGCGGUAUAGAGCUUAGAGCAGCCUUCAGCACCUUCAGGGACUGCUGGCAAGCGACAAUCUUGACGUGGAGCAUGGCAAUUAUUAACGGAUUGUAAAGUGGGCGGCCCUGCUCGACGUUUUCAUGCAUAUUAUUGAGUGUCUGCUCUAUUGGUUCUAGAUCCUUCUGCGAAUAGUGGGCGGACUCGGCGAGAUGUUCUAAAAGGCGCUUUUUGAUAGGAAAGAAGAAAGUUAGUCUACGUGCCUGGAUACAUAGAUGUAUAGAUAACAGAAGGGGGGGGAGAACGGGAGGGAUGCAACUGGAGAUGACUUACUUUGAUAAUGAUGCUUGGAGCAUAACUUCAAAUUCCAUCAGUGCGUC